ACGGGUAGGAUCGGCAUGCUAAGUCCGAGCGCAAGUCGUCACCAAAGUCCGAGUUCAAAGCAACCUCUGCUUGUCGUUCCAGAGGAAUCUGGAACUUUUCCCAGCCUAUCUCGGAUUCCGAACCUACUUGAUAUAUCCAAACCCCUAUAUAUAUCAACGCUGCCCACCAACGAAGCCUGGGUCGCACUUUUCUCAGAGCCCGCCACUUCACCGUGAGAGAUAGUGAGAUCCUCCUUCUCAGAAGACCCAUCGAGCACCGCCGGCCGCCGAGUGCAGCCUCGUCGCCCCCGGGCUUCGACGUUUUCACCGAGAGAGAGAUGGACAGGCCCUUCUUCUUCCCAGAAGGCCAAUGGAACACCGCCGGCCGCCGCCGCCGAGAGCAACCCGGUCACCACGGUGCUUCGACGUUUUCACCGGGAGAGAGAGAUAUAGACAUGGACAGUCCCUUCUUAUUCUCAGAAGACCCUUGGAUCACCGCCGGCCGCCGCCGAGAUCAACACCGUCACCGCGGUGCUUCGACGUUUUCACCGAUAGAGAGAGAGAUAGACAUGGACAGGCCCUUCUUCUUCUCAGAAGACCCUGGGAACACCGCCGGCCACCACCGAGAGCAACCCCGUCGCCCCGCAGCUUCGCCGGCGGUGAACGACCCGGUCUUCUCUGUCCCCGUUUGCUUCGGAUCCGACGCGGCGGCCGCUGCCAAGAAGCCAGCGACGGCGCUCCCCUCGAAGGCGACGAGGUCGGCCGCUGCCGUCGCUAUCCAGAGGGUCCUCCGGGGCCACCUGGUGCGGAAGAACGUGAGGGUCGUCUCCAGGCUCGCGGCGGAGUUGGGCGAGAUAGAGCAGAUGGUGCGGUCCGGAUUGGAGCGGCUGCUUGCGGAGCCGAAGGAGCGGCUGCGGGUGAGCGAGAUGCUCAUGGCGUUGCUCUUCCGUCUUGAUUCCGUCCGCGGUGUCAGGGAGUACCGGAAGAAGGUGAUCCGGAGAGUCAUCUCGCUCCAGGAGUUCCUAGAUUCCGUCUUCGGCCAAACCCAAACCCUUGAAUCACCAAUUCCGGCAGAGACGCACGGAGAGAUCCGUGAUCGUGAUGCCAUUUUGGAAGAGGUUGGCGAGAUGCCUCAGGAUGACAACGCCGAGGAAGAGACGGCUUCUGGCUCCAAAGAUGUCUCGGUUCAAGAAAGCGAUCCGGACUCUAACCAAGACCCUAUCUUGGCCGUCGUCAAACAGGUGUCUGAUGCAUCUGACGAGAGCUUCGAAACCCUAGAUUUGACCGACGACCUCAAGAAAGAAGAAGAGAAGGCAGUGAUUGAAGACUUUGUUGUACUAUCCAUGGAAGAAGCCAUCGAUCCGUCUCAAAUGCGAUUCGAUUCCGCGGCUAACCCGGAGAAAGCUGCCGUCGCUGAUUCAAUAGAACAAGAGAGCAGGGAGGCGGCUGCAGGGAUCUCGACAACAAUCGCUGAAGCCGAGACAGGGGCAGCGAGGCCGCACAUGAGCGAGACGGUCGAUGUGCUGAAGAAGGUGAUGGCGGAGACGGAGAGGCUGCAGGGCCUGGUGGCGGCAUUGUGUGAGCAGAACACGCAGCAGUGCAUGCUGAUGACAGAUGUGAUGGAGAGGGUCGAGCACUUGGAGCGGGCAGUACAGACCAUGAGCGAGAAGAAGAAGAAGAAGAUUGGUGCUGCUAAGUGCUAACCGCGCUCUUGCUUCCUUGGUCGACAACGAAGGUAGCCCGAUCAAGCAAUGAUUCCUAGUUUAGGUUGUUGUAUAGUUUAUGGUAGUAUGAAAUGGUGAUUGGUUUUGUUUACCUCUGCUUCUGCAGAUUUGAUGAACAAAAUUCUGCUUAAGAACAAUCUUU